AUUACGCAUUUAUUAUAUUUUGUAGUUAGUAAGUUUAAACUAAGUUCAUUGAACAUAAAUCUAUGGACAUGUCGAUGAAAAUGUAACUGGGUCAUGUGUCCAAUUUUAACCAGAAUCAAAAAACCAAAAGUCCUCAAGAACAUUUAUUUCUUCUGGUUGGUCAAAUUUUUAUUGUGAAUUAUUUCAAAUAAAUUUCAUUAAUUUUUUUCCCAACAUACAGAAGCUAAAGUUAUAUAUCUUAAAUGCGCAAUAUUCACAUUUAAUUACUAUUAUAAGGUAUAAAUUUUGGGCGAGAUGAAAGCCAGUUGAGCCAUCUGUCUAAGUUUAAAAAAAGUUCAAUAAAAUAUAAUUAAAAAAGAGGUGACACACAGUAGGUUGAUAAAAUGGCCAGGAACAUUAAGUUAAUGUAUAAUUCUUUGGUAUGCGAAGAGUCUAAAUUAAGGGGCGAUAUAACAAUAGGGGCAGAAACUGUCAUUCAUCCUCAUGUCACAAUAAUAGCAGAAGCUGGACCGAUUAUUAUAGGCGACCACUGUUUAAUCGAGGAAAAAACCCAGAUAAUUCAUAGGUUGCCAUUUGAUCAGCCACGUAGGGAUACAACUCCGGUAAUGAUCAUCGGUUCCUACAACACAUUUGAAGUUGAUUGUAUGAUAGAAUCGUCAAAAAUUGGCAAUGAUAACCUGUUCGAAUCAAAAUGUUAUGUUGGACCUAAAGUAACCGUUACUGACGGCUGUACAGUUGGGGCUGGAUGCAUGCUCACUGGUGAACAGAUUCUUCCAGAAAACAUUGUUAUUACUGGAUCAGAUUGUAUUAGGAGAGACGGAUUUGAAGCUCCCCCCAAACAAUUUAACCAGCUUGAUGCCUUGAAGAAGAAGUUGCCCAAUUUCCACAAAAUUUUUAAACAGUCUAAGAAAUUGGAAGUUUUUAAUAUUCAAUAGCGCCGUUUUAAUUUUUAGAAACAAUUUAACCAGCCAGAUGCCUUGAAGAAAAAGUUGCCCCAUUUCCACAAAAUUUUUAAACAAUUUAAGAAAUUGGAUGCUUUUAAUGUUUAAAAUAAAUUCGUUUUUACUUUA